UUGGACUCCAAAUCCUUCAACCAUCCAAAAAUGGCUACUCUGCAACUCCCUCAUCUUCUCCUCCACUUCACUCUCCUCACCUUAUUCUCCAUCAAUGACAUCAUUCUAGCCCAAGUCCUCCCAGCUUCCGAAAACUUCACCUUCGUCAACGAAGGUGAAUUCGGAGACAGAAUCAUCGAGUACGACGCCAGCUACCGUGUCAUCAGAAACGAUAACUUCAGAUUUAUCAACGAGCCAUUUCGUCUCUGUUUCUACAACACUACUCCCGGUGCUUAUAUAUUCGCCAUCAGAGCUGGUUUCCCCGGCGACGAGAGUCUCAUGCGCUGGGUCUGGGAUGCCAACCGUGACCAUCCAGCCGGCGAGAACUCCACUCUCAACUUCCGACCAGACGGAAACUUGGUUAUAGCGGAGGCCGACGGCCGGGUGGUGUGGCAAACCAACACCGCCAACAAAGGUGUUACAGAACUCGAGUUAUUAUCAAAUGGGAACUUGGUUUUACGUGAUAAAAAUGGGAAAUUUAUUUGGCAGAGUUUUGAUCAUCCCAGAGAUACUUUACUGAAUGGUCAGUCACUUAAGAUCAACGGCCCGAAUCGGCUCGUGAGCCGAAAGUCCGACAUGGAUCCUUCAGAUGGACCUUACAGUAUGUUACUGGAUCACAGAGGAUUCAUAAUGUACGUGAAUCAAACAAGAAAACCUCUGAUUUACGGAGGUUGGCAAGACAAAAACUUUGGCGAUCUUGUUACAUUCAAAGUCGUUCCUCAUAAUGAUAACAAAACAGCUUACGAGCUUGUCCUCGACACAAACCCAAUUCCCACACCAGCUUCUUCCCCGGGAAAUAAUAGAAAGCUCCUUCAAGUCCGGCCAAUCGGCGGCGGCGGUAAACUUUUUCUCAACAAACUCAACUACAACGCCACAAGCUCUUUCUUGAGGUUAGGAUCAGAUGGGAACCUCAGAGCUUUCACUUAUUACGACCCAGUUGAAUUCUUGAAAUGGGAAGAGAGCUUUGCUUUCUUUUCAAGCUUCUUUGUUCGAGAAUGUGGUCUGCCGUCGAAGUGCGGCUCGUUUGGGCUCUGUGACAAGAGCAUGUGCGUGGCUUGUCCAAGUCCAAAGGGCCUCUUCGGGUGGAGCGAGAGCUGCUCGCCGCCGAAGUUGCCGGGUUGUGGAAAAUCAGGGAAGAAUACGAAUGUGGAUUAUUAUAAGAUUGUGGGAGCGGAGCAUUUUCUUGGACCGUAUCUGGAUGGGGGAAAGGCGAUGAAGCUGAGUGAAUGCAGAGCGAGGUGCGAUAAGGACUGUAGGUGUUUAGGGUUUUUUUACAAGGAGAAGGCGUCGAAGUGUUUGCUGGCGCCAUUGCUUGGGACGCUUAUUAAAGAUGAAAACACAUCUGUGGGGUAUAUUAAGUAUACUUUGUAGGUUUGGUUGCAGAGCAAGCAAUAAAUAAAAUAUGAUUUGGGAGGGAGAUAAUAAAUUGAAUAUUUAUUUAUAUUGUAAUGCGUGGAAUUAAUGGAUUAAGUAAAGAUUUAUUCUUGGAUAAAA